GGCGCUUGUCCCGUCGCAGGCUCCGGCUUUCUUCGGAGGGGGGAGGCGGGGUUAGGCCUCCGGAGCGGCUUUCUCUCUCCCUCUCGUGUCCGGGGCCUGAGCGGGAAUUCAUCGGCGAGGCUUCUUCUUUCGAUUCCCGGGCUGCCCCGUUUGGAAGAGGGCGCUGUAAUUAUGGCAAUGACGGGUCCAGCACCUUGUUCAUCUAUGAGUAACCAUACUAAGGAGCGAGUUACAAUGACAAAAGUGACAUUAGAAAACUUCUACAGUAAUCUGAUUGCCCAGCAUGAAGAAAGAGAAAUGAGACAAAAGAAGCUAGAAAAAGUGAUGGAAGAAGAAGGCUUAAAAGAUGAAGAGAAAAGACUAAGAAGAUCAGCACAUGCCCGAAAGGAGACAGAGUUUCUGCGACUGAAAAGAACAAGGCUUGGACUUGAGGAUUUUGAAUCUUUAAAAGUAAUAGGCAGAGGAGCAUUUGGGGAGGUGCGGCUUGUUCAGAAGAAAGACACAGGGCAUGUAUAUGCAAUGAAAAUCCUACGAAAAGCUGACAUGCUAGAAAAAGAGCAGGUUGGCCAUAUUCGAGCAGAACGAGACAUUCUAGUGGAGGCAGAUAGUUUGUGGGUUGUAAAAAUGUUUUAUAGCUUUCAAGAUAAGCUAAACCUCUAUCUUAUCAUGGAGUUUCUACCUGGAGGUGAUAUGAUGACAUUAUUAAUGAAAAAAGAUACCCUUACAGAAGAAGAGUCUCAAUUUUACAUAGCAGAGACUGUGUUAGCUAUAGAUUCAAUUCAUCAGCUGGGUUUUAUUCAUCGUGAUAUCAAGCCGGAUAAUCUUCUCUUGGACAGUAAAGGCCACGUGAAGCUGUCAGACUUUGGUCUUUGCACAGGACUAAAGAAAGCACAUAGAACAGAAUUCUAUAGGAAUUUGAGCUAUAAUCUUCCUAGUGAUUUCACUUUUCAGAAUAUGAACUCCAAAAGAAAAGCAGAAACUUGGAAAAGAAACAGAAGACAAUUGGCUUUCUCCACUGUGGGAACUCCAGAUUAUAUUGCUCCAGAGGUCUUCAUGCAGACAGGAUACAAUAAGCUUUGUGACUGGUGGUCCCUUGGAGUCAUAAUGUAUGAGAUGCUAAUCGGCUACCCUCCUUUCUGUUCAGAGACACCUCAAGAAACAUACAAGAAAGUAAUGAAUUGGAAAGAGACUUUAAUAUUCCCCCCAGAAGUUCCUAUUUCUGAGAGAGCCAAAGAUCUCAUUUUAAGAUUUUGCUGUGAAUGGGAACAUCGAAUUGGUGCCCCAGGUGUUGAAGAAAUUAAAACAAACCCCUUUUUUGAAGGAGUUGACUGGGAGCAUAUUAGGGAGAGACCUGCGGCAAUUUCCAUAGAAAUCAAAAGUAUUGAUGACACAUCAAACUUUGAUGAAUUUCCGGAAUCUGAUAUCCUUAAAUCUGCAGUGACCACAGGUAACCAUCCAGAAACGGACUACAAGAACAAAGACUGGGUCUUUAUCAAUUAUACCUACAAACGUUUUGAAGGUCUGACUGCUCGAGGGGCAAUACCAUCCUACAUGAAGUCAGGAAAAUAACAGUUCUUUGCUAGAUGGUUUACUUUUGUCUCGGAACUUUGACCCUGGGGCUGUGAAAGUUUGAAGAAUGCAAAAUGACAUCUUAUGCUCUGUUUACAUUACAAGUGAUGGAAAGGGGAAAUUCCACAAAUCGCACUUACAGAUGCAUUUGCAGAUUUUAUUAAUUAAUCUUUGGUCUUUAGGUAAACAAUUUUAAGACUUACUUCAUCAACAAAGGAAAGAGCAGGCUUUUAAUUCCGAAUAUGAUGUGUUCUGUCUUACAAGUGCUGUCUGAAAAUACAGCUCAGUUCUAAGGGCUAAGGCAUUACAAAAGAAGCAGAGCAGUAAUUACUAUGGCGAGAGAGCUGACUCUCAGUAGUUUAUCCCAUAGGAUGGCAAAAUCUUUUUGCCUUAAAUAUAGGGCUAUUCAUGUUUUUUUGAUAGCAUUUUUUCAGUCCAGUAAUGGCUUCAAAACCUGCGGCACUUUUACUGCUGGUACUAAAAUAGUCAUCUGGAAGUAUUAUGCCUUUUAAUAAAUUUCUGGUAUGUUUAAUAUUAUGUAUUCUAUAAGCAAUGUUAUGAGCAAUGAUGGCAAUUUCUGGUAAAACCUGUUUAUAAAGAAUGUUUUUUCUAUUUCGCAAAAAAAAGCAGAUCACUAGUAAUAACAACACUUUGUAGGCAAUACUGUAAGGAAAUUGGGAACAAUAUGUCAUCCUUCCCUCCCUUCUUUCAGAUCUUUUUCAUAUCAAAGCCAAUAAUACAUUGUUAUAAAAUGAGAAUGAUUCUAUGAUUUUGAGAUAAUUUGGAAUUUUAUCUUAAAAAUAGAGAGCGUCUAUAGUUUUGUAAUGCAAAUUACAUGAAUUCAUAUUGUGUAAUCAAAGUUUCUAUUUGGCUGUAAUAGUUGCAUACACUGGGCUCUUUGACACUAUUACGAUAUUCAGGUUAUCCAGGCAAAUCCCAACUGUCUACACAACAUACCAUUUACUAUUCUCAUUUACUAUGCUCUAUGCCUGUAAUUUAAUUUUGAAGUAUGUAGGGUGAUUUAUUUCUUGGUCACAGCACCAUGAUUAUAAAGAAACAUACACGUAAUGCAUUUGGAAACAGAAAAAGAAUAGUAAGAGGAUUGAAAAUUAUGUCCCAGAAUACUUUUAAGUACAUUA